CGAAGGGGUUGCUCAGCCUAUUGAGGGUAGUUUUCGACGGAGGGGCAAGUGCUGCCUCGGCAGAUCUGCCGCAUUAUCCAUGGCAUCGACCAUCAUCGGCGUGUAUCGGCCUGGUGACUUCCAAUCUCUGUCAUGAGGUCAUGAUCACGCUCCAGCCGGCGGCAUGAGUGACUUCGCCAAGAACCUGCAGAAAGGCCUGGCUGGCGGCAGGAAGGCCCUGUACGAGGACAAGAACACCCAAGAUGGAGGCGAUGAUCCGGCAGACAACGUGCGAGGGAGCCGCCGUGUGUCCAAGAGUAGGAGCUAUGCGUCGUCGGAUGCGAAGGGAGGCCUCGGCAUGACAGCCACCAGCAGCUCUCUUUCGUCGCCCAUCGGCCCUCACCACCCCACGCACUCACAUGAGAACCACACACAGCUGCCUGCCAACACUGCAACCCCGCCUGCGAGCACACCAGCCGGUGUGGGGCAAGCCAUCCUCGGCGGAGGGAGGGGCGAUUACGGUCUCGAAGGGAUGCACAUGCAGAUGCUGCCCACCCUGACAGACCCUGUCAAGGUACGCACACUUCCCCACACACACGAACACACGUGGGCUGAAUGGCGGUGGAUGCGUUGUGUUUGUUUACCAACUUCACAAGACUCUACUCAAUGCGGUGGGCGUCAGUGAGGAGGACUACAAUCGUCAGUUGGUUCGCGAUGAGCAUGGCAACAUCGUCCCUCCCAUCCACCCCGACGAGGCAGCACGGAUCUUGUCGGAGGUCGCCGAUCAGGCGCAUGGGUCCCUUUCCCGGCCUGGUGGCGACUGGAGGGAGGAGGUCGCUGUCGGCCUCAAGCAGCGCAUGCCCCAUCGCCGAUUCUUCUGCGUGCGUCUGCGGAGCGCCACUCUGUUCGAGGCAUUCGCUUCCUGGUGUCCGCCGUAUGUACACGGGGUAAGGAAGCACACAAAUCAUUCGCACACACUUGGUCAUGGCUUCUCUGCAUGUGCCUCCGUGCAGCCCCUCUGUGUGUGUCUGGCCGACGGGCGUGAGGCCCGCGACCCCUCCGCACCGACAUCGGUAUCCGCAGAGGAGAAGGGGCACUUCGAGACGGCGGUCGUCGCGACGUUGAAGCAGGCGUGGGAAGACGAGCAGCCCGACGAGACGGGCAGCCGCAGAGUGAACCUACUCACAAUCGCAGAGAAGGUGCUGGACGAGAUGAUCGGAGUGGUCGACGGCGGUCACCCCAAGACCAUCGGCCUGCUGUCAGCCGAGAGGCUGCUGCCCUCUGACGUGUCCUAUGACGGAUCCGCUAGCGGGGUGUCUUGCAAGUGGGGCGCACCAGGGGGACUGAUUCUAUGGUUCUAUUUCGUCAGAUGGAACCCCCUCAGCAGCUCCACCGACUGCAGCGCGUCUUUUGUGUCGGCGGACGCUGAGACGACCAUCAUCACCACAGCCCUUACCCCACCCCCCUCCCCGCCCCCUCCCAUAGCCCACUCGUCGGUGCAGAAGGCCACAGAGGAGCAUGCUGGUGCUGGUGCCGGACGUGCGUCUGAGGACAUCCCCACUUCCAUCAGCUGCCAUGGCAUGAGCGACUCAGAGCUCGAGGAGGCCUGCAAGUGGGCCACACUAUACAACAGCUGCCAUGCACACCAUCUGAUGUGUGUGUGUGCGUGUGUGUGUGUGUGUGUGUGUGUAGGGGUCACCUGAGUCCCAAGAAGGAGAGCCUCUCGGCCAUCUGCAACCUGACCACAUCAACAGACGAGAGUCACACACUGAGCAUGAUUCGAAUACACCUGCCUGACGUCGGAGAGGUAGGCACACACGAACAAUCAACCAGACAUGGAUGAGUGUCUGCCUGUCCUGUGUGUUACUCAGCAUGUGGAUCGGAUAGUGUCGGCCGGUGCUGAUGCGGAGAGCAGAAAGCGGCUCGAGGAGGCCUGCUGGAAAUACGUAGCACGGUGAGAGAGAGAGAGAGAGAGAGAGACAUGCACAAGGAAGGAGCAUCCAGCAGGCCAUGCCUCAUGUAUGUGUGUGGCGGAUGUCUGUGGGCAGCUUCACUUCACUGGGACCCGGUGGCUGGCAGCGCGUCAAGAAGGCAUACCAGCUCCUCAAGGAAGAAGGCAUGUUGCCCAAUCGCACGCCCGUCUCCCAGUCAUCCGGGCCCCCUCCACCCACCCCAGCACCUCGACCCACAACCACGCCGGCAAGUGACGACCAGCCAACCAAGCUGCUCGCGCUGCCCCUCGCUCCCCCUCGGCACCAGCAGGGCGCCCCUGACGUUAGCAGAGGGAUCCUCACCUCCAAGCUGCAGGACGAGCCGUCCGGCAGUGUCGAGUGCGCGACAGCCAAGGACAGGUCCUCAUCGGCGACGCCUCGGCCAUCGGUCGCCUGGUGUUCUGGUCUGCUCGAGGGAGACCGCGGUUCUGACAGCGACGGCCCCAGCUCACUGCCGGGCAGCAGGGACGGAGCAGGGCUGGACAAGGCGGAGAGGCAGCUGAUGGGCAAGAUGAUGCGGCAGAGGGGCGGGCUGGCUGGAAGGGAAGGUGAGGAGCUGCCAGACGAUCCAUCUGGUGUGCCUUCCCCAGCCAUGGAUGUGACGACGGCGAUGCGGGAGCGGCUCGCUGUGCUGGAGGAGAACAACAGCCUGCACUCCAUCAAGGGGCAGCUCGAGCACAGCCCCUACUUCUCCAAGCCGCUAGACGAUCUGCACCUCAGCGACUCACAUGAGGAGAAGGCGCAGCAGCCGUGCCAUUUCUUCCCCCAGCCUGACAGAGGCCUCCCUCAGCAGCAGGGCAAGACAUCUCUCCCCGUCGGCAGCUUGUCGCCCUUCCUCUUCCCGGCCAACCUCCGCAGCGCCAUCGGCACGCCCGGCGGGCCAACUCGGUCGGCGGACACCAAGGGGACAGCUCGGGGGCGGAUGCACAACGACGAUGGGUCGGACGGUGAGGACGGGGGCGGCGCCGACGAGCGGCACUCACGGCCCAAGAAGGGUGGUUCCCGCGAGGCGACGCCCGAGAUACCAGAGGAGCUGUUCCUGGAGCUGGAGAGACGGCAGGAUGACACUCUCAUGCGGAUGGACCCGAGCAGCCAGAAGAUGACGGCCAUGCUGCGGGCGGUGCGGGAGACGUGCGCCCACGAUCAGCUGGUGGCAGAAGAUCAGCGCAAGGCCGUGCAUCUCAAGGAGGACCGCCAGCUCCUCUCCCAGCUGCCGACUCCAUGCUUCCCCGACCCCUCCUUCCUGGACGGGCUGCUCUUCCGCCACGCCCUGCAGGCGUGUGUGGUGCACGGUGCGGCCGGGUCGCUCGAGGCGCUGCUGAGGGAAACGCUCAUCAAGCCGACCGAGAAGGACAAGAAGAGGCUGGCUGUGGGUGAAGUGCGGGCCAAGAGGGACAGGAAGGUGCUCAAGUGGAGUGACCUGAUCCUGGAUGCUCUCGAUGCAUCGAACCUGUACCGUGACGAACCUCUCAACCUAGUCACCGAAGGUCCGCAGACAGGCAGGCAGACAGACAGACAGAGACAGAGAGAGGUAUGGACGGCCCGACACUUACUGCACGUUGGUGCGGAUCUUGUCUGUGUGUUCAGAUUAUGUGCCGUCCCCCCUGGUCGUGCAGGCGGCCGUGGCCAACGCGCCCAUCCAGAUCAUGAAGGUGCUCCAUGAGCCUAUUGUGCUGGCUGCGUGUAAUGGAAGCCUCCAUGUGUCUGUGUUAUGCAGACGCUGCUGGCGUACAACGCCGAUGUGAAUGCGCGAGGCUAUGCCGGCCAGACAAAGGCGACUAACUGCAAGAUCAGCUACAACACAUCCGCCGUCGGUAAGCGGCAAGGGAAGAUAUUGCUGAAACGCAGCCUCAUUGCAUUGCCUUCUGUGUGUGUGUGCAGGUGCGGCUGCCAUGUGCCACCGUCCGGAUCUCCUUCGUUUCCUCCUCCGUGAGGCAAGGCGAGCCGACCCCAGGGUCCGGUCAGUCGCGACGUUUGCGGGCCAAGACGGCAGGUACCACAGACCCCACCUGUCGAUGCGUGACGUUCCGCCUUUCCUUUCCUCCCCCCUCCAUCCUUCUCAGGCCCCCCCCAUGAUUGCUUUUCCUGACUUGCUUCAGCUGGUGUGCCUUGGCCCGCCGCCCAUAGCCGCGGGUGCGCAGCCGUCGGAGGCGCAACAGCGGCAGGCCCUGUCCACCAUCGAGGUGGUCGAUGCGGAGGGACUGAUCAAGUACGGCGGGAGCGGCAGCGGCAUCUUCGACAUCAACUGCAGCGACUCAUACGGCGAAACGCCUCUGCACAUCGCCGCCGCCAACGGCUGGUGCGGUCUAGUCGAGUGGCUGCUCAAGAAUGGGGCGGACCCUAGGGCUGUCAAGAAGUCCAACGAAACGCCUCUCGACUUGGCACGAAGCCAUGGCCGGAAGGUCAGCUCAAGGAAUGGCGUCCAAUGAGCCGUCACAGUGAGUGAGUCGGCUUUGUCGUGCUUCGCAGGAGUGCGAGGCCGUGCUGCUGAAGCAUCUCACUGCCCCUCCGGGGCAGACGACCACCAACACUGCCGCAGGAGCCAGCACGGGAGCGCCUUCCGUCCCCACGGCAAGCGAAGCACCGCCCCGCACACACAUAUGCCAUGAGCACACACACACAGACCGCACCGUUUGUGUGAAUGGCGGGAUGCAGGCGGCUGCGGCUGGUGCGAUGGAGGAGGGCGGGGGUGUCGACUCACCAGCGGCCGCGGCACACGAGAGGAAGAGGCAGGAGCUGCGUGACAGGGCGACUAGGGGAGUGGUGCAGAUGAAGGCCACGGCGAGAGCGAUCCGGGAGGCGUGCUUACACGACCUGUUGACGCCAGAGGGGCGGCGCAAGUCUGUCGGUCUCAAGGAGGACCUCUCGCUGCUGUCGUCGCUGCCCAAGCCCAUGGUCUCCUACAUGAACGGCUUCGUGCUGAAGCAGUCCCUGCAGUCAUGUGCCAUGUACGGCUCGGCUGGGUCGCUCGACACACUGCUGCAGGAAAACUUCAUCAAGCCGACGGAGGAGAGUGACGACGAGGGGCUGUCGGCGGGGCAGGUGCGGGCGAGGGACGGGCGGUACCUCAAGUGGCGAGACCUUUCGCCUGCCAGCAUCGAGCCAUUCGAGGGCGAGAUGAUCGAGCCUGAUCGUAAGUGAAGAAUCAAACCAAGAUCGAAGGGCGAUAUGUCUGAUUAUGCCUGGAUGGCAUCAGAUUAUGUGCGGAUGCCUUUGUUGAUUCUGGCGUUCGCGUCUGAUGCUCCCUCUGCGCCGCAGAUCGUCAAGGUACGCCAGUAGAGAGCCACAUGACAUCACUUAGCCGCCUCUCAUGGGUCCGUCUGUGUGCCUGUCUGCCUCUGUGCAGUCGCUGGUCGAGUACAAUGCCGACAUCAACGAAAUCGGCCCGGUGUUUGUGGACCCCAAGACCAAAAAACUCAUGAUGUCAUCGGCCGUCGGUGAGUGUCGAAAGGACAGGACAGGACAGGAUAAGGAAUGCCGGAUGGAGGGAGAUCUGACUUUGUCUCUUCAGGUGCUGCUUCCAUGUACCACUGGCCUGAGGUCCUCAACUACCUUCUCCGCCAACCGCAUGCCGACCCGUCAGUCCACUCUGAGGAGGAGUUCCUUGCGGGCCUGAACAUUGUUCAGCUAGCCUGCGUCGGCGCAGACGAGGACCCGGAAGGCAACCAAGAUACCGACGGUGAGUGACUGGUCGAUUGAGCCAGACUGACGCGUGCUGACGCUCUUGUGUGUUGCAACAGCGCCCCGGCCCCCUCCUGAGCCCACGGUGGGCAGCAAGAGCCGCAAGAAGGCCGCCAGCAAGGGCAAACGGGCCAGCAACGACGGUCUUGCGCAAGAGGCGGGACAGCAGGCGGCCGGCGGCAUAGCGACGAAGGAGACAGAGCAGAAGGAAAAGGCCCGGCAGUCGCGUGCAGUGGCCACCCUGGAUGUGCUCGAACGCCACGGCCUGACGCGCAGCCCACCGGCCGAGGGCAAUGGAGGGCGUCGCAAGAGGCCCGUCCUCAGUCUGCACUGCCGUGACAAGACGGGCUGGUCUCUGCUGCAUGGUGCGGCUGGUAAUGGGUUGUCUGAGGUGAUCAAGUGGCUGCUGGAGAGGGGAGUGGACGCUGAGGCCGUCAACAACGAAAACGAAACACCCCUCGAUGUCGCGCGCCGAGUCGGCGAGAAGGUCAGCAGACAGGAGGCACACCAACGUCAGCCGCUUUAUUUGUUUGGUGUGUUCAGUUGUGUGUGGACGUGUUGAUGGCUCAUCUGGAGGCCCGUCGCAAGGCGGCGGCUGCCGAUCUGCUGCGAGAGGAGGAGCAGGCCCGCAAGAAGGAGGAGAGGGCCGCCAGAAAGCGCGAGCGGAAGCGUCUCAAGGUGCCUUUGCCGUGCACCGCUGCACACAUGGAUUCUGCAUGUGUGUGUCAUUGCCUUCAGCGAUUGGCGGCUGAGCAGGCCGAGUCAGCGGCAGAUGGCGAGACGGAGGAGGCCGACGACACACAGCACGAGACUGAAGAAGUAGAUCAGGUGACGGAGGAAGCUGCUGCGCUCAGUUGCCCGCCAGACACACACAGCGACAGGUGCAGACAGAGCCACCGACACUUCUACCCAGUAGCCCCCAUCUGUUGUCCUUCUGUGUGUGGCGCACAGUGUCGAGCCGGCCUUCUCUGACGCCCCGAGUGACCGCCACCAGCAGCCUCCAGCUGGUGUCGGCCCUUCGCCAUUGCCCCCUCUCCCUCUCUCCCCUGCUCAUGGCGCACCGGCCAGCCACUUGUUUGCUGCCCAGCGGCCGUCCAGCUCAUCGUAAGGCACUCAGAGGAGACCCACCACACACCGAGUCACUCGAUCUGUUGUGUGUGUUAUCCAUCCGUGAUCCAUCCAUCAGGUCCUCAUUUGCCGACCCGCCGGCGUCAUCGACGGUCAGCACGACGCCCGCCGACCGGCCCUCCUCCGCACAGACGUCAGCCCGACAAUACCAGUGACUCCCAAACAUAGCCCCAAUCGCCUGUGUGGUCUGUAGCUGUCAAUGUGCCUGUGUGUGCGCAGGUUUUGCCCGGCUGAUGUGACGGCUCAGCUGCGGGCUGACCUGAACGGAUGCAUCGACAAGAAAGAGAGGUCAGGACACAUAACAACACGGCCAUGUGUGUCAUACCAAUAUGUUUUGUUCCAUGUGUGUGCAGUCUGGAGGAUCAGUACAGUGAUCUGUUGGCUGCCCGUCGGCGGGCGGCCGAUCGCGUCAAGGAGCUCAAGACAAACAUACGACGACUCAAAUACGUCACGCCCAAGUGAGCGAUACACACGAGGAGAGGGCCCAACACAGCGGCUCCGCUCUGUAUGCUGUUGAUGCAGCCUGAGCCACGAUGUGCUGGCGUCGCUGUCCACGGCUGCCGAAGUGCGUGAGUUUGAGGCAAAGAUCAGCCGCGAAGAGGAGCGGCUCGAUGAGCUCAUGGAGACGGCCGUCCAGCAUGCAAUGCGGCUGCAGAGCGGCGCAUCCAAACCCACAAAGGCACCCGCAGCCGAGCAGCAGAGUGCCGCAGCGGCAGCAGCUGCUGCGUCUGCCUCCACGCCCACAUCCGCUGCUGAAGGGUUGGUGGGACGGAAGGAAGACGCACCAUCCAUUCCCACGUCGGCGCAUCUCUGUGGCGCUCCCUUGUGUGUGUAUCAAUCAGGUGCGGCGUGCCGGUGUGUAGUGCGAUGCGGGUGUUGUUGAACGAGUCGUCGACUGAGGAUCAGCUGCUCGAGGCCAUACAACACAUCCAAUACGACAUAGACCAGUAAGACAGGGCGGUCCUUAUGGUAGCCAGAAAGGAACCCAUCGGGUUGAUCUGUCUGGCUGUCUGUCUGUCUGCCUGUCUGUCUGCCUGUCAGGUUGGAGGGUGACAUCUUUCGGAUGACGGACGUGUGCACCGAGGCCGAGGCCGCACUACAGCCGCUCGAGCAAGAGCACCACACACUGCAGCAAGAGGCAAAGAAACGGUAAACAAAGGCCCACCAACACACACAGACGGCCGGGAAUGCAUGUCUCCCUAUGCCUCUCGGCCCAUGGUCAGGCUGACCCCUACUCGUCUCGAGUCGCUCACGAGCAUCGCAGCGGUGGAUGCCUUCAAGCGCGACAUCAAGAGGGCCAAACAAGAGCUGCGGGAGGUGUCGAAAGAGGCCGCCGUGCGUCAGGCUGCACUCGAGAAGGAGGAGACGGCCGCUGCUGCUGCCGCUGCCGCUGCUGAUGGCGAUGGCGGGGAGGGCACCUGCGUCAUGUGCAUCUCGGAGACGCCAACAGUCGUAUUCUUCCCAUGUCGGCAGGUCAGUCACGAUACACCCAGACCGAGUCGCAUACCACCAUUGUCCGUGUGUGUGUGUGCAGAAGUGUCUGUGUGAGGGUUGCUGGCGCGACAUGGCGGCGGCCCACGAGGCGGCCAAGAAGGAGAAGGCCCGCCUGGAGGCGCUGCAGCGGCGAGUGCCUGACAACAUCGCCCGUGACGCCCAGCUCAGGUGUCCGAUGUGCAACCAGGAGGCCCACUACGCCAGCACCGUCGACGGCAUCACAACAGCCACGUGAGCAGCGGCAGACAGAGACAGCCGGUAGACCGACGUGUGCGUAGCUGUAGCUCUCAUGCGCCGAUGGCGCGGACUCAAAUCAGUCAGUCAUCGCUGUGUGUAUACCUACCUCUGUAUUGGUGGCAGACAGACCUCUUUACUUGGCUGCAUGGAUGUCGUGAGUGAGAUGACAGUGUGUGUGCAUGGUGCCUGC